UUGGGGACCUGGGUCGAUAACGCCAGCCAUCCAAGCUCCAGAUGUCCACCUGUGAGAGUGCACUCCCGUGGGGCAAGGGAGAUGGUUACGAGCAGCCCUUGUGGAGAGAAACUUCUUUCCCCAAACCGGAGGCCUACUAUUUUAUUUCCAUAUGGAACGUGAGGACUAGGUUUCCAGCGAUCCGACUACCAUGCCGGCGAAGAAGAGGCUUCGCCUAUCGGCCUUGGAAUCCGACGUGCCCUCCGGCCCGGAUCUCAUCGGCCUCCUUCCGGACUGCAUCCUCACCCAGAUCCUUUCCCUCCUCUCCCUCAAAGAAUCCGCCCGAACCAGCGUCCUCUCCACCCGCUGGCGCCACCUCUGGACCCUCGUACCCCUCCGCCUCCUCGACGACGACUCCCUCCACUUCGAGCGAUCUCCCUGUCGGAGCUCCCACGCGCCGCGUUCCCUUACCGACGAGGCGUCCUGGUGCGCCCGCUCCAUCACCCAAAUCCUCUCCUCCCACCCCGGACCCAUCCAUAGCUGCCGCCUUGUCCGCCGCUUCUCCGACCUCCCCACCGUCGACGGCUGGAUCCAAGCCCUCACCCAAAGAGACAUCCACCAAUUCUUCGUAUGCUUCUUCGGCGACCCGGAGCCCCAUUUCUUGCCAUCUUCCCUCCUUCGCUGCGAGUCCCUGCGAAAGCUGAAUCUCGGUAACUGCCGCUUCCCAAGGUCUCGUCUCCCAUCCCCAACUUUCCCCAACCUCCGAGAUCUAACCCUGCGCCUUGCUUCCCUAACCAAUGGAGACAUCACCGACUUGCUGUCCAAUUGCCGGGCCCUCCAGAGCUUAGCUUUGCUCGGGUGCACCGGCCUUUCCAGUAUCACCAUCCGUUCGCCGACUCUCCGUAGCCUGACGCUGAACAAAGCCAAUUCGAUCCUGAGGCUCGCCGUCGAAGAAGCCCCGAACCUUGAGCGCUUGAUGGUUAGCGAAGCCACGAUGCAGGAUACAGCGAUAGAGAUUGUCAAUGCCCCAAAGCUGCAAUCUUUAGGCUGCCUUUGUAUGAAUCUUAGUAAAUUCGAGUUCAGAAAGCCUCGUAUCGAGGAUGCCGGAAGGGUAUUCGACUCGAGUACUCUGGUGCAUAGUCUGAAAAUUCUGGGCAUUAGGGUGGAUUUCAAUGAAGAGUAUCAGAGAUCCAAUGUGUCUCGCUUGCUCAAAUGCUUUCCUUGCCUGGAAAGAUUGGAUGUUGAGGUUGUCGACAUGGGCUGGACAUAUGCUCUUCAGGAUUUGGAUUAUUGGGAGCGACAAGGUUCCUUCGAUUGCAUUGAUCAACAUUUAAGAAGUGUGACGCUGAAAGGUUUUUUAGGCCAUGCAGCUGAUCUGGGGUUCGUCAGGUUUCUUAUUUCAAAAGCACGGGUGCUCGAGGUGAUGACUCUUUAUUGUCCGUCUGCUUCCAGGAAGACAUGGGCAAAAGAUAAGAGAAGCUAUCUAUGCCUUGAUAAUAGAGCUUCUUUUGAUGCUCGAGUAAUUAUUGCGAGUGACUUUAAUCUCCGUGAUGGCUUUCAAACUUGGGAUUCCUUAUUAGAUGAUAGGUCCAAGAAACCCAUGGCGCCGAACAGGAGGGAGAAGGGAAACACCGUCUCCGACUCCGACCCGCAUUUCAGUGGCGGAGGAGUCGCUGCCGAUGGCUUCGACCGAUUCGGAACCCUCCCGGACUGCCUCCUCGUCUCCAUCCUUUCCCUCCUCCCCAUCGAAGACGCCGUCCGGACCAGCGUCCUCUCCACCCGGUGGCGCCGCCUCUGGACCCUCGCCCCCCUCCGCCUCCUCGACGACUCUGCCCUCCGUUCGGAGAAAUUCCCCAACAAGAAGCUCUUGGCCUUCCGCGCGUUCCACGACGAGGAGCAAUGGCGCACCCAGGAGGGUUGGCGGGUCCGCGCCAUCGACGGCGUCCUCUCCGCGCACGCCGGCCCCAUCCGGAGCUGCCGCCUCUCCCGCGUCUACUUCCACAUCCCCCUCCUCGACGGCUGGAUCCAAACCCUAAGCCAGAAGGGCGUUCAAGAUCUCGCCAUCCUCAUCCCCAUGGAGAAGCGCUUCUACCUCGUUCACCCUUCCCUCAUCGCAUGCCAAUCCCUUCAGUCCUUAGAGCUGUGCUACUGUCGGAUCUUGAAACCCACUCAGCCGCGCCCCAAUCUUGUCAAUCUCAGAGUUCUGAAUCUGAAGCGGAGUCUCGUAACGGAUGCCGCCAUCAAUGACUUGCUGUCCUGCUGCCCAGCCCUGCAGAGCCUAGCUCUCGUCCACUGUGCUGGCCUCCGGCGCAUCCAUCUCCGCUCCCCUACCCUCUGCAUCAUGAUGCUGGAUGAUUACUCCUGGGAGGUCGAAGAGCUUUUCGUUGUCGAUGCCCCAAAUCUUGAGCACCUGAUGCUAGGCAAGAACACGACAAGAAGGACGCACGUAAAAGUUCUCAAUGCGCCCAAGCUGGAGCUGCUGGGUUUUCUUGAUAUGAGCAUCAAGAUGCUCCAGUUGGGCAGCACUACUUGUUUUGAGAAAAGCAUGGUUACAUUGAGUACUGUGGUGCAUAGCCUGAAAAAGCUAGCCAUUAGAGUGGAUUUUAAUGACGAUCUUCAGGCGGAUAUAGUAUUUGACUUGCUCAGAUGCUUCCCUUGCCUGGAAACAUUGGAUGUCUUGAUUGCGGACAUGGAUGACGAUGACGAGCCAGAUGUGGAGUAUUGGAAGCAGCAAGUUUCCCUUGAUUGUCUUGAUCAUCAUCUGAAAAGUGUGACACUGAAGGGUUUUUUAGGACAGAGGACUGAUUCGGGGUUUGUUAACUUUCUUAUUGCAAAAGCACGAGUGCUUAAGGUGAUGACUCUUAUUUCUGUGCAUGCUUGGAAAGAGGGAUGGGUAGAAACCGUACAGCAAGGCCUGUGCCUUCAGAAUAAAGCUUCUAUAGAUGCUACAGUAGUUUUCAUGAAAGAAAAGCAUGAGAUUAAUCAAUUUCAACCUUGGAGUUCACUAUUUUGAACAGUAGCACCACUGUUUCGAACAAGAUUUCGAGAUCUUUGAAAUCAGUUGGGCAUUUGGUUUUCCUUUCGGGUGGGGAACAGCUUGCUACUUUGCCUACCAUAAAUUUGGCAGCCAUUCUGCCCCGAGAGGUAGAGAGCUUUAAGUUUGGUUUGACUUAGUGUACGAUGGCUUCUCCAUCAAUGUUGUUAAGAUAUUUGUUAUUAGAAAGCUCUAUGGAAGUUAUUUUCAUUGUUCUAUUCUGGAAAUCAUAAUUUUACUGUUGUUCUUCAUAUGAACCUUUUCAUUUAGGUUAUCACAUCCUCCUAGAAAAUGGAACAAACUUUGCAUCUGAUUUUCAUAUUUAAAAUUUAGGAGGUGCCCACAUUUGCCAGCUUCGGAUUUUUACUAUUGUUUAUGAGAUUGUGAACUUACAUGUUAGUGGACAAUUUGCUUCUUCAGUGGCUCAGCAUGAGGGAAUAGAAUUACAAAUGAUGGAUGUCUUUUGU